GUUUUUAUUUGGUACCAAGAUCACUGAUAAUCAUGACUACUGGGAAAGAUAAAAAUUUUGAUGAUGAAGAUUCUGUGGAUGGUAAUAGACCUUCCUCUGCCAGUUCUACAUCAUCCAAGGCCCCACCAAGCUCACGGAGAAACGUUGGAAUGGGGACUACCCGCCGGCUUGGGUCAUCUUCUCUUGGAUCAAAGUCUUCAGCUGCAAAAGAAGGAGCUGGCGCUGUUGAUGAGGAGGACUUUAUUAAAGCGUUUGAUGAUGUCCCUGUAGUACAGAUUUAUUCCAGCCGAGACCUUGAGGAAUCCAUAAACAAAAUUAGGGAAAUAUUAUCUGAUGACAAGCAUGAUUGGGAGCAGAGAGUAAAUGCUCUAAAAAAGAUUAGAUCUUUACUUUUGGCCGGUGCUGCUGAGUAUGAUAACUUCUUUCAACAUUUGCGUCUUUUGGAUGGAGCUUUUAAACUCUCUGCUAAGGAUCUGCGGUCUCAGGUGGUGCGGGAGGCUUGCAUCACGUUGGGGCAUCUGUCAUCAGUUCUGGGGAAUAAGUUUGACCAUGGAGCUGAAGCCAUUAUGCCAACUAUCUUUAAUUUAAUUCCAAACAGUGCCAAAAUUAUGGCCACGUCUGGUGUUGUAGCUGUUAGGUUAAUCAUUCGGCACACACACAUCCCUAGGCUAAUACCUGUCAUAACAAGCAACUGUACCUCUAAGUCUGUAGCAGUUAGAAGGCGCUGUUUUGAAUUUUUAGAUUUGCUUUUACAAGAAUGGCAGACACAUUCACUGGAACGGCACAUAUCAGUAUUAGCUGAAACAAUAAAGAAAGGAAUACACGAUGCUGAUUCUGAAGCAAGGAUAGAAGCCAGAAAAUGUUAUUGGGGUUUCCACAGUCACUUCAGCCGAGAAGCAGAGCAUUUAUACCACACCUUGGAGUCCUCCUACCAGAAAGCCCUGCAGUCACAUUUGAAGAACUCGGACAGCAUAGUGUCUCUGCCUCAAUCUGACCGCUCGUCUUCUAGUUCUCAAGAGAGUCUGAAUCGGCCGCUCCCUGCCAAAAGAAGUCCUACUGGAAGCACCACAUCUAGAGCUUCUACAGUUAGUACCAAAUCUGUGUCAACGACUGGGUCCCUGCAGCGGUCUCGAAGUGAUAUUGAUGUGAAUGCAGCAGCCAGUGCCAAAUCCAAAGUCUCCUCAUCUUCGGGAGCGGCUCCUUUCAGCUCUGCAGCAGCUUUGCCUCCAGGGUCAUAUGCAUCCUUAGAGUCCAGACACAUGAGGGAAGACAUGGAGUACGUAGGCCUGGACGCAGAUGGUACUACCACUAAAGCGGAGGGUCGCAUCCGUACAAGACGGCAAAGCUCUGGGAGUGCCACCAAUGUCGCCUCUACACCCUCCGAUAAUCGGGGCCGCAGCCGCGCUAAAGUGGUUUCACAGUCUCAGCGAUCCAGAUCUGCUAAUCCUGCUGGUGCUGGUAGCCGGUCAAGUUCCCCAGGGAAAUUGUUGGGAAGUGGUUAUGGUGGACUUGCUGGGGGCUCCUCAAGAGGCCCACCUGUGACACCAUCUUCAGAAAAACGAAGCAAGAUUCCCAGGAGUCAGGGAUGUAGCCGAGAAACAAGUCCAAACCGAAUAGGAUUAGCACGGAGCAGCCGUAUCCCUCGACCCAGCAUGAGUCAGGGGUGCAGCCGCGAUACCAGCCGUGAGAGCAGCCGAGAUACAAGCCCUGCUCGGGGCUUUCCUCCACUUGCCUCUCGACGUCAUUCCAGGUCCACUAGUGCUCUCUCCACUGCUGAAUCUGUUGGGCAGUCAGACCGAUUUGGGCUCAGCCAGCCAGGAAGAAUUCCUGGUUCUGUGAAUGCCAUGCGCGUUUUGAGCACAAGUACAGAUCUUGAAGCCGCUGUUGCUGAUGCUUUGCUGUUAGGAGACUCCAGGAGCAAGAAGAAGCCUGUGAGGAGGAGAUAUGAGCCGUAUGGGAUGUAUUCUGACGAUGAUGCCAACAGCGAUGCCUCGAGCGUUUGCUCUGAGCGCUCAUAUGGCUCCAGGAAUGGUGGCAUUCCCCAUUACCUGAGGCAGACCGAGGACGUAGCAGAAGUUCUCAACCACUGUGCGAGCUCAAACUGGUCAGAGAGGAAAGAAGGGCUUCUGGGCCUGCAGAACUUACUGAAGAGCCAAAGAACACUGAGUCGAGUAGAAUUGAAAAGAUUGUGUGAGAUCUUCACCCGGAUGUUUGCUGACCCUCAUAGCAAGAGAGUUUUCAGUAUGUUUUUGGAGACUCUUGUGGAUUUUAUAAUAAUACAUAAGGAUGACUUGCAAGACUGGCUUUUUGUUCUUCUCACACAAUUACUUAAGAAAAUGGGAGCAGAUUUACUUGGAUCUGUGCAAGCAAAAGUUCAGAAGGCUCUAGAUGUCACAAGGGACUCUUUUCCUUUUGAUCAACAAUUUAACAUUUUGAUGAGAUUUAUUGUGGAUCAAACUCAAACUCCAAACCUCAAGGUCAAAGUUGCAAUCCUGAAAUACAUUGAGUCCUUGGCGAGACAGAUGGAUCCAACAGAUUUUGUAAACUCUAGUGAGACAAGACUUGCUGUUUCUAGAAUCAUAACCUGGACAACAGAACCAAAGAGUUCAGAUGUGAGAAAGGCAGCACAAAUUGUGCUAAUCUCUCUGUUUGAAUUGAACACGCCUGAAUUUACCAUGUUACUUGGUGCCUUGCCAAAAACAUUUCAGGACGGUGCCACCAAACUCCUGCAUAACCACCUCAAGAAUUCCAGUAACACCAGUGUGGGCUCUCCAAGCAAUACUAUUGGCCGGACACCCUCCCGACACACCAGCAGCAGGACCAGCCCACUGACCUCACCCACCAACUGUUCCCAUGGCGGUCUGUCUCCAAGUCGGUUGUGGGGUUGGAGUGCCGAUGGGUUAUCGAAGCACCCACCUCCUUUUUCCCAGCCUAACUCCAUCCCCACCGCUCCCUCCCACAAGACUCUCAGGCGCUCUUACUCUCCCAGCAUGCUGGACUUUGAUACAGAGAACCUGAACUCUGAAGAAAUCUAUAGUUCUCUGCGUGGAGUUACAGAAGCCAUUGAAAAGUUUAGUUUUCGAAGCCAAGAGGAUCUGAAUGAGCCAAUUAAACGAGAUGGCAAAAAGGACAGUGAUAUUGUGUCCCGCGAUGGGGGGGCUGCCUCCCCCGCCACUGAGGGCCGUGGCAGCAGUGAGGUGGAAGGAGGCAGGACAGCCCUGGAUAACAAGACCUCCCUCCUCAACACGCAGCCUCCACGUGCCUUCCCAGGGCAACGGGCACGAGACUACAAUCCCUAUCCCUACUCUGAUACCAUCAACACCUAUGACAAGACAGCCCUGAAGGAGGCCGUGUUUGACGAUGACAUGGAGCAGCUUCGAGACGUGCCCAUCGACCACUCUGACCUGGUGGCUGAACUUCUUAAAGAGCUGUCCAACCACAAUGAGCGGGUGGAGGAGCGGAAGGGUGCCCUGCUGGAGCUGCUCAAGAUCACGCGGGAAGACAGCCUGGGUGUCUGGGAGGAGCACUUCAAGACCAUCCUGCUCCUGCUGCUGGAGACCCUCGGAGACAAAGACCAUUCAAUUCGAGCCUUAGCUUUGAGAGUUUUACGGGAAAUUUUGAGAAACCAGCCAGCAAGAUUUAAAAACUACGCUGAACUGACCAUCAUGAAGACUCUGGAAGCCCACAAAGACUCCCAUAAGGAGGUGGUGAGAGCUGCCGAGGAGGCCGCGUCCACACUGGCCAGUUCCAUCCACCCGGAGCAGUGCAUCAAAGUGCUCUGCCCCAUCAUCCAGACGGCCGACUACCCCAUCAACCUCGCUGCCAUCAAGAUGCAGACCAAAGUCGUUGAGAGGAUCGCCAAGGAGUCCUUGCUGCAGCUCCUUGCUGACAUCAUCCCAGGCUUGCUGCAGGGUUAUGACAACACUGAAAGUAGUGUACGUAAGGCCAGCGUGUUUUGCUUAGUGGCAAUUUAUUCCGUAAUUGGAGAAGAUCUGAAACCUCACCUCGCACAGCUCACAGGGAGCAAGAUGAAGCUUCUAAACUUAUAUAUAAAGAGGGCACAGACCACGAAUAGCAACAGCAGCUCCUCCUCUGACGUUUCCACACACAGCUAAUGGCAGCACCAGUCUCUCUGCGUAGACCCAGAAGUGAUGGGUGGUGCCUCUCAGAGACCUUUCCCCACCCCUUCAUCGGCUGCCCCGUCAGUACAGGAAGGCCUGCAAAUAUUUAUUACAAUCAGUAUUUUGGUCCCUUCCAGCUUUUGUGUAGAAUCUUACUGGAAUUGAAUGUAAAGGAAGCAAGGCCUGCACUGCAGUCCUCGUCAAAAGCAGGAGUGAGAAAAGAGAAGAGCCACACAUCACGUGCCUCGUUCAGCCUGCUGAGACUGCAAACCCUGUGUGUGGUGCCCUUGUUAAAAGUCAGAGCUCUCUAGCCAAUGCUUGGUAGAAAGUAGUUUUUUUUUUUUUUUUUUGUCCCGUUAAUAACAGAUUUGGGGGUGGGGUGGGUAUUACUUUGUGUUCCUCGUUCUUAGCUUAUUUUCUUAUGAAGACAGUCUGUGUGGGGCAAAGCUCGCCCCCUUCACAGCCAUCAUCAUGAAAGGUUGUAUGUCUUCAAAACAAGUCUUUAAAGACUUGUUUUGAGACCUACUAAAAACGGAAUCAAGUCUUGGCAAGAAAAGAAGAAAAGCCUGAAGAUGGUCUUUAAUAAGCACCUGGAAUUCCACUUAUAUCCAGACUGGUGGCCAACUGCCUGGCUUUUGGCACAGAAUCUGAAGGGAUUUACCCCCAGUGUCCUUCUAGCACCCUCUGAACAACUCCACAGAUGCGUUCCUAUUCCAGAGCUUCCAUUCGAAAGAAUUCUUAAAGUGCAAACAAAAAAAAUAAGGUAAAUUUAAAGCAUCACUUAGGGAUGCCUGAAAUGGCAUUUCAUGAAGCCCAGAAGAUAAAACUGAAGUGGUCUGUCUUACAACUAAGACCUGGGGGAAACACUAUGGUUACAGGCAUUCUCCCAGGAUCCUUGUAUUUGAGGGCAGUUGCUGAUUCAGAUUUAGCUCCGUGUUCUUUCCUCUCUUCCUCAGCUUUGCCUAAGCUGUUCAGAUCUAAAAUGUUCUGUUGAUCUGAUAAGUGGCAACUUUACCAUCUUAGUUUUGACUUCUCUGUUUAAUUUGGGAUUAAGAGCAAAAAGAAGUCUAGAGAGACUGGGUAUCAGAAUUUUUUUAUGUAUAAACCAAAGUACUUCCUUGAUCGUCUAUUGAAAUAGUCAUCGUUUAAGGAAAAAGUAAUUAUGAUAAGUGGCAGAUUGCAGAAAAGCAGGAUUUGAAAUACACUUUUAGAAUCUGUUUCUUUUCCUUCCAUGAGAAACCACCAGGCUCCCCUUUUUUAACCUCUUGAGGGUCUAAUUGCUCCAAUAAAAGUAACUGUAGAUUUGGAGUCUGGUUAAAUAAGUUUUGAGUAAAUUCUUAAACCAAAUGGUAAUUCUUAAUGCAAUCAUGGGGACUUCAACUGUCUCCUCUAUUUUAGAUUUUCUAAAUUGGACUGAUUUUCCAUAAGGAAAAUGCUUCCUUUGAUAUUAAUUUGAAUGAGGUAUUUGCUAUUCCAAUGCAGAGUCUGCUGCAGCUGCUGGAACUGAAAGCAGAGGCCGGGGUGCCCAACCAAGUGUGUGGUUCUCACCACUAAUUUCCACAGACCCCCCUUCUUCUCUGACCAUCCAGAUUUAAUGUGCGAAGUUGUACAAGUCAGAUACCUUAUUUGGAAAUACACACUUAAAAUAAAGGCCUCCUAAUGUCCAGAACAGUGAAGCCCCGGGAUGCCAUCUGUGUGUGUUAUGUGUGUGGAGGGGGCAUCUCACACAUGUAGAGUACCCACUGCUGCUGUUUAGGGAACUUCAGGGGUGUGUUUUAAGUGGUUGAAUGUAACUGGCUGACUUUGGCUCAGAAUAUAGCAGGACCAGGCCUUACUUUCAUUGAUAAAUACUGUUUUGUUCAUAUUUCAUUAAUGGGAUUUCUUUUUACAUUUUACAAGUGAGUCAGGGAGUCUUUUGGUUACUCCUCUGUUGUGGAAAUGUGUGUUCUGGCCAGGUUAUUUAUGAGUUAUUUUAUGCCGUGCAGUUAGACUUUUCUCCUUGAGCUCUGAGUGCAGGAAGCUCACCACAGCCCCCGUGUAGUUGGGAAGGAUCUCGACCAUUGCUUCAUGGCCUCAUAGUACUCACAAAGGGCUAGCCUCGAAUGUCACUUGCUCAGUCUUCAAUCUCCUGACUUAGAGAGAGGUACAAUCACUCCGCAGAUCUCUUGACCUCAAUUCGGAAACUGCUGCCCACCGCGCCGAGGAGACUCGCAUGCCACCGCCACCUCACCGGGAGGGCGGCCGCGCCCCCGCCGCCCCUCCGAGCCCUGACAGCUGCCGCUGCCUUGCCGCGCCGCCGCCUCCCUGUUGGCCCCGCCACGUGGGACAGCAGAGCCCCAGAACUCUGCCUCCCUGUCUACCUGGCCGGCCCCGGCCACAGCCCACGGCGAGGGGCCGGUCGUCUGAGUCACGCUCCCUCCAAGCUCCUGCCGCCCUCUUCUGGCCGAGGCGCCGCCGCCUCCGGGCCCGAGCGCACAGCAGGCCGCCUGGUCCACGCCGUCACUAGCUUACCUGCGCAGGUAGUGCGUGCCCUGGUCUGUCUCUCAGAUCUUCUUUUUCUUUCCCUGCCGCCCUUUAUUUAUCAAGCAUAAUAUUAUACGUUAAAGGACAGCAAAUAAGAACUUCGUAGAAUCCCACCAGGACUUUGCUAAUGAUAAUGUUUGGAAAUGAAAAAUGCUCUGAAAAAUAUCAGCCACCAAAAUAGUUUUGUUGGCACUGUGUUCACACGCAUGGUCCCCACACCUCCCCCUUGGGUGGGGUUUUUUGUUUUUUGGGUUUUUUGGGGCUUUUUCAUGUUACAUCCAUAUCUGUAUUUAUAUCUUAUUUGUUUCACUCUCAAGUGUAUCAUGGCAAAUGUACAGAUUUUUUUUGUUAAUAAUGUGCUAGGAUUUGCUAAAAAAGAAAACAAUGAAAAAACCCAUUUUGAGUUUGCCUUAGAAUAAAUGAAACUUAAUUCAA